GUAAAAUAGGAUAAUCUAACGACUUCGGAGGCUUGUAAACUGUAAGUGUAUUAAAAAAAAAUUUAGUACAAAAUUAUCGAAUUAAAAUUUUAACGAUUAGUAAUUUGAGUAAAUUGUAAUCAGAAAGUUGAUAAUGAGUGUAGUUGUUGAAAACAAGGAAGUUGAAGGAGACGAAUGCUCUCAAUCUCCAAUUACAACAGUGUAUCCAGAAAAUGGGGGAGCUUCGGUAAAACAAGAAUUCAUUCCAACAAGUUCUGAAGCUAUAACGAAAUCAACAUCACCGCUUGAUACCUACUACAAGGAAAGAAACCUCUUAAAUACAACGCGAUCAAUACAGUCACCUUUUAAUAUUGAACGGUAUAAAACUAGCCCCUAUGUUGGAAGUGAACAUUGGCAUUCGACAGGAAGGUCUUUGACAAAUACUUCAAACAAUGAUGUUCCGUCGUUUGUUACACCAUGCUACUCAAUGCAUAAUUACAAUAAUGGAUACAUUGGCAAUGAGACCGAACCAGCUGUCUGCUUUCCCACACCACCAGCCUACUUUCCCUCGUAUUUCCCGCCGCCGGAGAUCUAUUCACAUGUACCAACAUUACAUCAUGAUAAUUCUCCACCACAUGGUCAUUUUCCUCACGGCAUGUAUCAACAGUUACCUUGGACUAAAUCUCAAAAUGCAGAAAUGUGGUGGAGUACGAAUAAACCAGUUCUAAACAAUGAAAUAAACAACAAUACAAUUCCGUCACCGCCAUCGGUAAUUCCUCCCGUCAUAACAGAGAAAUCACCUGCGCUGGAGUCGAAAAGACGUAAACGAACCGCGUAUACGCGUAAACAGCUUACAGAGCUCGAACUGGAGUUUCGUUGCAGUCAAUUUUUAACAAGAGACCGUCGUAUGGAAAUGGCGGCAGUUUUGGGUUUAUCUGAACGUCAAAUUAAAAUUUGGUUUCAAAACCGAAGAAUGAAAUAUAAAAAACGAGCGGCUUCUUGUGUACCUGAUUGUCCGCCUCGUAUGAUAUCGGGAUCGUCCGAUGCAAGUUCGGAGCCAUCUCGACCAAUGUCGGUGUCCUCCGAUACGUCGGAAGUAUUUUACGAUGAACAUAGAAAGUACGAUAACUUUGCACGUCGCAUACCUUUCAUGCAUAAAGAGAUCACUCAAGAAGAAUUGGAAUGUUAUAGGAAGUAUUACGGCAUGAACUAUCCUCCAGUCAACGCGCACGUGUAAAAUUUUGUGUCAAAAAUUUGCGUUUACGAUGGUUUUAUGUUGAGUCGCGAAAUAUUUUAUGUUGAGUCACCUACUAUUACAUAACAUUUUGGGAAUGUUCUAAGGAUACAAAUUCUGUUCUCUCGGCUUGUUUUGUCUUUGUGUUUCUUCUUAUAAGAGAAAUAAAGAGCUGUAUGUUUUUAAAUUAUUAUUUAUUAGCUAUCUAUUUAAAACUUUAAAUUAUUUUUAUGUAAUACUAACAUUUUUAAAAAAGUUGCUUAUGGUUGCAACGACAAAAAUUAACCUAAAAACUGCAGACAUUUGUAGUAACUAAUUUUAAGACUGAUAAUUUAAAAAUCUUUUGAGUUUGUAAAAUAAAUAUUCAAUAUAGAAGCUGUUUAACUAU